AUGAUAAAAAAAAUAGUGUUUAAAAAGGAUGAAGCUUUUUUUGAAAAGGAGCAAACCCCAGAAAUAGCUGAGACUAAACAAUGUGAUAUGCAAAUCGAAAUACCUGUCGUGGCCAGAAUCUGUUCUACGGAGAAGUGA